CUCGCCAUGCUCACUCCAGCACUGAUGGCGGCGGCGCUGAGCGCCAUCCUCCUCACCGCCGCAUCCCUGUCGGCGCCGCACACGCCUCUGGCGCUCCUCACCCUCGUGUCCGGAGACACGUGGGUCCGCUUCGGCGUCUUCGGCUUCUGCACGCCUGAAGGAUGCACCCGUCUGUGGCCAUAUCGCUCGCCGUUGUUAGAUGGCAGCCAGCGGUAUCUGAUGCUGCUGCCGAUAGCGGCAGUCGCCGAGGUCGCACUGGCCGCGCUCGCCGCCUCCGGCCGUCGCGCAGUGACUGUUGCUCGAUUUGGAGCGCUGGUCGGCGGGGGUUGCGUUUUUGCGCUUUAUGCACUUCGCGCAGGCGCCAAGUGGCCGAUAGAGGGCAUCAACGGUGGGGCAGGCGACCUAUGCGGUGUUGGAGGGGGGGUAGGGGCUAUCACGGCGUGGCUUCUCAGCUAAACUCGCCUGUUAAUAUAGGCUACUCCCAGAUUCUUUAACGGUGGAGCUAAUGUC